CUGGGGUGGCCGGGGACACACAGGAGCGGCGGCCACCGAGGAGGGAGCAGCGCCGGAGCCCCGACGGCGCCUCGCUGCAUGGAGCUGAGCGACUGAGAGCUGUCGCCACCCGACAGCUUCUGACUUCUUUCGGGACCCCGGCGUCCAAGCCCGCUCACCCUCUCUUGUCAGCCUCAGGGCGUCCAACGGCUCCGGCGGCCCCUGGGUCCCUGGGACCUGGCGUUCCGGGCGCCAGCCAUGGAGCGGUGCAGCCGCUGCCAUCGCCUCCUCCUGCUUGUACCGCUGGUGCUUGGGCUGAGCGCGGCCCCGGCCUGGGCAGGUGCAUCGCCCGUGGAUGUGCUUCGGGCCCUGAGGUUCCCCUCCCUCCCUGAUGGCGUCCGGAGGACGAGGGGCAUCUGUCCUGCUGAUGUGGCCUACCGAGUGUCUCGCCCUGCCCAGCUCAGUGCACCCACCCGCCAGCUCUUCCCAGGAGGCUUUCCCAAAGAUUUCUCUCUAUUGACUGCUGUCCGGACCCGCCCUGGCCUCCAGGCUCCGCUCCUGACUCUCUAUAGUGCCCAGGGUGUCCGACAGCUGGGCCUGGAGCUCGGCCGACCCAUCCGUUUCCUGUAUGAGGACCAGACAGGACGGCCUCAGCCCCCAGCUCAGCCCGUCUUCCGAGGCCUCAGCCUAGCAGAUGGCAAGUGGCACCGUGUAGCUGUGGCUGUGAAGGGCCAGUCUGUCACUCUCAUCCUUGACUGCAAGAAGCGUGUCACCCGGCCCCUCCCCCGAAGUGCUCAUCCAGUGUUGGACACCCAUGGAGUGAUCAUCUUUGGUGCUCGUAUCCUGGAUGAAGAAGUCUUUGAGGGUGAUGUCCAGGAGCUUGUCAUCAUUCCGGGGGUGCAAGCUGCCUACGAAUCCUGUGAACAGAAGGAGCUGGAUUGUGAGGGGGGUUGGAGGGAGACACCUCUGAAACAACAGUCUCACAGAACCCAGAGAUCUCCGAAGCAGCAACCACCGAGACUACACAGGCCGCAAAACCAGGAGCCCCAGCGACAGCGGCCUCCAAGACCCCACCACAGGGCUCCCCCUUCCCCCAGGGGGCGUCGGACCCCUCCCCGAAAGCCUACCCCACCUGCCAAGAGGUCAGCGGCCCGGCAGGCGUCCCCCUCACCAGACUGGAGGUCCUCUCGAAUUGGUGGAGGUCCUGGCCCCGCGCGGAGCCAGCCUCCCCUCUCCCGGCGCCCAGCUCGGCGGGCAGCUCCCCCCACUGCCCGGGGCCCCCCCAGGACCAGAGGCAGCGGUUACCGGCAGGACCCCACCCCAGGUGGAGAGGAAGGAAUUCUGGAGUCAAGCCCCUUGCCACCCCCUGAGGAGGAGCAGACAGAUCUCCAGGUCCCCUCCACAGCCGACAGGUUCCUGACAGAGGAAUAUGGGGAGGGUGGCACAGAGCCCCCAACAGGGCCCUACGAUUACACCUAUGGCUAUGGGGACGAUUAUCGUGAGGAGACGGAACUUGGCCCUGCCCUCUCUGCGGAGACAGCCCACUCAGGAGCCGCUGCCCGUGGACCCCGGGGGCUGAAGGGAGAGAAGGGGGAGCCUGCGGUGCUGGAACCUGGCAUGCUGGUGGAGGGACCCCCUGGUCCAGAAGGCCCCGCGGGAUUGACUGGUCCCCGUGGUAUCCAAGGCAACCCCGGCCCCGUUGGAGACCCGGGCGAGAGGGGCCCCCCUGGCCGAGCAGGGCUCCCCGGAUCAGAUGGGGCCCCUGGCCCCCCUGGCACAUCUCUCAUGCUCCCAUUCCGGUUUGGCAGUGGAGCGGGUGACAAGGGCCCGGUGGUGGCGGCCCAGGAGGCUCAGGCCCAGGCAAUUCUGCAGCAGGCACGGCUGGCGCUCCGCGGACCCCCUGGCCCCAUGGGAUACACGGGCCGCCCCGGACCCUUGGGUCAGCCUGGGAGCCCUGGCCUGAAAGGAGAAUCUGGAGACCUAGGACCUCAGGGCCCCAGAGGACCUCAGGGCCUGACGGGCCCUCCGGGCAAGGCUGGGCGAAGGGGCCGGGCGGGUGCUGAUGGAGCCCGAGGGAUGCCCGGGGAACCUGGAGUGAAGGGUGACCGUGGUUUUGAUGGACUCCCAGGGCUACCUGGGGAGAAGGGACACAGGGGUGAUACCGGUGCCCAGGGCCUUCCUGGGCCCCCUGGUGAGGAUGGAGAGAGGGGAGAUGAUGGCGAGAUUGGGCCUCGGGGGCUGCCUGGAGAGUCCGGACCUCGAGGUCUCCUUGGCCCCAAAGGCCCACCUGGGAUUCCUGGACCCCCAGGAGUCCGAGGCAUGGAUGGUCCCCACGGCCCCAAAGGAAGCUUGGGCCCCCAGGGAGAGCCAGGACCUCCUGGACAACAGGGCACUCCUGGGACCCAGGGUCUCCCUGGGCCCCAAGGUGCCGUUGGCCCUCAUGGAGAGAAGGGCCCUCAAGGGAAACCAGGCCUCCCCGGCAUGCCCGGCUCAGACGGACCUCCGGGUCACCCUGGCAAAGAAGGUCCCCCUGGAACCAAAGGAAACCAGGGUCCAUCUGGUCCUCAGGGUCCUCUGGGAUACCCAGGACCUCGAGGUGUCAAGGGUGUGGACGGGAUUCGAGGUCUGAAAGGUCACAAGGGUGAAAAGGGCGAGGAUGGCUUUCCUGGGUUCAAAGGUGACAUGGGUGUGAAAGGUGACAGGGGCGAGGUUGGAGUCCCAGGUUCCAGGGGAGAGGAUGGUCCUGAGGGGCCAAAGGGACGCACUGGACCCACCGGAGACCCUGGGCCCCCCGGGCUCAUGGGCGAGAAGGGCAAGCUGGGUGUUCCCGGUCUGCCUGGCUACCCCGGACGCCAGGGUCCCAAGGGGUCUCUGGGAUUUCCUGGUUUCCCUGGAGCCAGUGGUGAGAAGGGAGCCCGGGGCCUCUCGGGGAAACCCGGGCCUCGGGGAGAACGUGGCCCCACGGGUCCACGGGGUCAGCGGGGACCCCGAGGCGCCACUGGGAAGUCUGGAGCCAAGGGAACAUCUGGUGGUGAUGGUCCCCACGGGCCCCCCGGAGAGAGGGGUCUCCCUGGACCUCAGGGCCCCAACGGAUUUCCUGGCCCCAAAGGACCUCCGGGCCCCCCUGGGAAGGACGGGCUGCCGGGACACCCGGGCCAGAGAGGAGAAGUGGGUUUCCAAGGAAAGACUGGCCCCCCGGGCCCCCCGGGAGUGGUGGGACCCCAGGGAGCCGCAGGAGAAACCGGGCCCAUGGGUGAGCGAGGUCACCCAGGCCCCCCGGGCCCUCCUGGAGAGCAAGGACUGACUGGAACAGCUGGAAAAGAAGGAACGAAGGGGGACCCCGGUCCCCCUGGAGCCCCAGGAAAGGAUGGUCCUGCUGGUCUGAGGGGCUUCCCAGGAGAGAGGGGCCUUCCUGGCACUGCGGGUGGACCUGGUUUGAAGGGAAAUGAAGGUCCAGCUGGUCCCCCCGGCCCUGCGGGCUCUCCUGGGGAGCGAGGUGCAGCAGGAUCUGGGGGACCCAUUGGCCCCCCAGGGCGCCCGGGACCACAGGGCCCUCCUGGAGCAGCAGGAGAGAAAGGCGUCCCGGGGGAGAAAGGCCCCAUCGGUCCUACUGGCCGCGAUGGGGUGCAGGGUCCAGUGGGGCUUCCUGGUCCUGCUGGACCCCCAGGCGUGGCAGGAGAGGAUGGAGACAAGGGUGAGGUGGGCGACCCUGGACAGAAGGGCGCUAAAGGGAACAAGGGCGAGCAUGGCCCUCCUGGACCCCCUGGACCCCUUGGUCCUGUGGGGCAGCCUGGAGCAGCGGGGGCAGAUGGGGAGCCCGGUGCUCGGGGUCCCCAGGGGCACUUUGGUGCCAAAGGUGACGAAGGAACAAGAGGAUUCAAUGGGCCUCCAGGACCCAUUGGUCUGCAGGGUUUGCCAGGCCCCUCAGGGGAGAAGGGAGAGACAGGAGACGUGGGCCCUAUGGGACCACCGGGCCCCCCAGGACCUCGAGGCCCAGCUGGACCCAACGGAGCUGAUGGUCCUCAAGGCCCCUCAGGAGGUGUUGGGAACCUGGGUCCCCCUGGAGAGAAGGGGGAGCCAGGAGAGUCGGGAUCUCCGGGAGUCCAGGGCGAGCCCGGUGUCAAGGGUCCCCGCGGCGAGCGUGGGGAGAAAGGAGAGUCGGGGCAGCCUGGAGAGGUGGGACCACCAGGGCCUAAAGGCCCCACGGGAGACGAUGGUCCCAAAGGAAACCCCGGUCCUGUUGGUUUUCCUGGUGACCCUGGGCCUCCUGGAGAAGCUGGCCCCCGGGGCCAGGAUGGCGCUAAGGGGGACCGUGGAGAGGACGGAGAGCCAGGACAGCCUGGAUCCCCUGGUCCCACUGGGGAGAACGGACCUCCUGGACCACUUGGAAAGCGGGGUCCUGCCGGUACCCCUGGCCCUGAGGGGCGACAAGGAGAGAAAGGCGCCAAGGGGGAUCCCGGUGCUGUGGGCGCCCCGGGAAAGACAGGCCCCGUGGGUCCUGCAGGCCCGGCAGGAAAACCUGGUCCUGAUGGUCUGCGGGGGCUCCCGGGCUCAGUGGGUCAGCAAGGCCGUCCUGGGGCCACGGGCCAGGCCGGGCCUCCAGGUCCUGUGGGACCCCCAGGGCUUCCUGGUCUCCGGGGCGAUACUGGGGCCAAGGGAGAGAAGGGUCACCCAGGUCUCAUCGGGCUGAUCGGCCCCCCUGGGGAGCAGGGAGAGAAGGGCGAUCGAGGACUUCCUGGGCCUCAGGGAUCCACUGGACAGAAGGGAGAGACAGGCAUCCCAGGAGCAUCUGGCCCUAUUGGUCCUGGAGGGCCCCCCGGCCUCCCUGGACCUGCUGGCCCCAAAGGAGCCAAAGGAGCCACGGGCCCGGCCGGACCCAAGGGAGAGAAGGGCGUCCAGGGCCCUCCAGGCCACCCAGGCCCCCCAGGCGAGGUGAUCCAGCCCCUGCCCAUCCAGAUGCCCAAGAAGACGCGGCGCUCAGUGGACGGCAGCCGUCUGAUGCAGGAAGAUGAGGCCAUGCCGACUGGGGGUGCCCCGGGCAGUCCCGGGGGGCUGGAGGAGAUCUUUGGCUCACUGGACUCCCUUCGGGAGGAGAUUGAGCAGAUGAGGCGGCCCACGGGGACCCAGGACAGCCCAGCUCGCACCUGCCAGGACCUGAAGCUCUGCCAUCCAGAGCUCCCUGACGGAGAGUACUGGGUGGACCCCAACCAGGGCUGUGCCCGCGAUGCCUUCCGGGUUUUCUGCAACUUUACUGCAGGAGGGGAAACCUGUGUGACGCCCAGGGAUGACGUCACGCAGUUCUCCUACGUGGACUCCGAAGGCUCCCCGGUGGGUGUGGUCCAGCUCACCUUCCUGCGGCUGCUCAGCGUCUCUGCCCACCAGGAUGUGUCCUACCCGUGCUCCUCCGGGGAGGAUCAGGAUGGCCCCCUGAAGCUCCGGGGGGCCAACGAGGAUGAGCUGAGUCCAGAGACCAGCCCCUAUGUCAAGGAAUUCAGGGACGGCUGUCAGACACAGCAAGGCCGGACGGUGCUAGAAGUUCGAACACCUGUGCUGGAGCAGCUGCCAGUGCUGGACGCCUCCUUCUCAGACCUGGGGGCACCCCCGAGGCGGGGAGGGGUGCUGCUGGGGCCUGUCUGCUUCAUGGGCUAGGACCUCCUCCUCUGUCUGACCCUGUCCGUCGAAACCAGGCCCACCUGGAAUCCCACAGCCUCCGCUCUGUGCCACCUCGCAGGAGGGCUCCUCACCACCUAGGGGGCCUUGGGCCAGGGCACCGAGGGCCCCCUGGUCAGGGGCAGUCCCGGGGAGGGGUGCACUGGGGGCUCACUGCCCUCCCACCUGGAGCCUGUGCCCUGUUCGACAGCUGAGACCCUUAUUUAAAAAUUUACCUCCCAAUCACCCCAAACAAGUGGAAGAGAAGAGAAAGGACACUGUGUAUUUUGUAUUUAAAAGUAAUUAUAUUAAUUAUUUAAAGAGUGGAAAACAAAAUAACAAAAAAGAUAAAGAGAGAAAUGCCAACAAAGACCAGCGGACUUUGGAGACAGGGCUCUCCUGGGUGAGCCCCGGCACCCUCAUCCUUGCCUCAGGGCCUUCCUCAGUGACGGUGGGGGGUUGGGGGCUGAGCCCCACCUCCCUCGCACCCCACCUGCAGCACCCACUGUGAACGCUGGAAUAUAUAGUCUCCUUUGUCUCAGGGCUCUGCCUCUCUCUGCCCAGGGUGGGGCUCUCUCAUCUCUACCUACCAGGCAUUUGGCUCCCUGACCCAUGUACCUGCUGUCUCUCACUUGGUCGGGGGCUUGCGGCAAGUGCCUGCUCCUUGGGGACCUGGCCACACCCCCAGGGGAGUCAUGGAAUAGGGAAGGGUGUGUGCAGGGCCUGGGUUCAUUCAGAGACUGUUAAAAUAUUGAAACAUUGACACUCUUCCAUAGUAGGUGGGAAAUCGCCAUGGCCCUGAGUCCCCUCCCCACCCCCAAGUAUCCCACUGCCACCCUGGCCACCCUGCCCCUCCCUCGGGCACCCCUUCAUGUUCCCUGAUCCUGCAGUAAAAGGUUAAUGUGUGGCAUAUGGAUGGAAGGCACUCCCAGGACCUUGUCUACACUAUGACCUGCGUCCAUUCUAACUGAUGGUUAAAAAAUGUGAUUGUCCCCUCCUGGGGUGUA